AUGCUGGGCCAGAGCCAAGGGAGGGCAGCGGGAAAGAGAAUCGACUCACCUGUGCCCACUGCUACCUGCAGCUCAGAGACCCAGGCCGCCAGCCGGAGCCGCUCAGCUGCCCGCCUGGAUCCGUCCCGUCGGCCUCGCCCCGCGGGCCGGGCCCCGCUCUCUCACGAGAGGCUGGGGGAGAAGGGAGGCGGUGGCAGGGCGCCUGCGGAGGGGCCGGGAGGGCCCCCGCACCCCUCGGCUCGAAGACCGUACCACCAUCGGCACCGCCCGGACCCUCACCGCCGUCACGCUGCGCACCAAGCCCUCACGCCCCUCCUCAACAGCCUCUUCGGCAAGGACAGAGAACUAGAUGCCCAAGAGCUGGAUGAGUUGCAGGCGGCGUUCAAAGAGUUCGACACAGACCAGGAUGGCUACCUCGGGCACCGGGAGCUGGGCGCCUGCAUGCGGAGCUUGGGUUACAUGCCCACCGAGAUGGAGCUCAUCGAGGUCUCCCAGCACGUCAAGAUGCGCAUGGGCGGCCGCGUGGACUUUGAGGAGUUUGUGGAGAUGAUGGGCCCUAAGCUGCGGGAGGAGACGGCCCACAUGCUGGGGGUGCGGGAGCUACGCAGCGCCUUCCGCCAGUUUGACGCGGACCGAGACGGGAGGAUCUCCGUGGCGGAGCUGCGGGCGGCCGCCCCCGACCUGCUGGGGGAGCCCCUGUCCGGGCCGGAGCUGGACGAGAUCCUCCGCGACGUCGACCUCAACGGAGAUGGACACGUGGACUUCGACGAGUUUGUGAUGAUGCUCUCCUCUCGCUAG